CAGACACACAGACAGACACACACAGACCCGGAGCCAGACUGCGGGGCGCGGCCGGGAGCGGGGCUGGGACUGGGAGAGCGGGCUGUACAGCAACUCUGCUGCGGGGUGUGUGUGGUCCGGUCCCCGCCGCCCCGCCUUGGACAGACUGGAUCGCGGGGUGGCCAGGAGGGUCAGUCACCCUUGCCUUGGGACACCCCGUGUCACCCAGAGUCACCGCCCGCCCCAGCGGCCCGGACAACGGGAUGGGUGUGCGGGCUGCCCCGGGAGGAGGCGGUGGGCGGCCGGCCGCUCCGUUGCUGCCGCUGCUGUUGCUGUUGUGUGGAUGCGCGGUCUAUGGGCAGCUGAAUUACCGGCUGUCCGGCCCACCCUGGCAUGUUGCGCUGAGUGACCAGACGGUACACGUGGACUUGAGAGGGGUGAACGGGAGCGGCCACAACCUCAGCCUGACCCUGGUGGAAGCCGGCACCAACCGCACCCUGGCCACAGUCCCCGGCCCCGUCCCCUUGCCCGGCUCCCUGGACCUCGACUGCUCGCUCUUCCGCUGCGCCGGGGAACUGCUCUUCAGGCUGGGCGAGUGGAGCAGCCGCCCGCUGCCCGUCCGCUGGCCCCGCUUCCAGCUGUGGCUGGCCGCCUCGUCCGCCCGCUCACCCGGCCGCUUCCAGCUGCUCCUCUCCAGCGCCCAGCGCCUGUGCCCGCGGGCCGAGCCGGCCCUCACCCUGCACACCGGCCCUGGCCCGGGGCUGCAGCUGCGGCUCGGCCCGGGGGGGCUGCAGCGGGGGCCAAGGACCGAGCUGGGACGGGGGCCCGAGAGGGGACAGGGGCCCGGGAUGAAUCGGGGACCGGGGAGGGGCCCCGGGCCGGGGGUGCUUGAGGGGGAGCCGGGGCCGGAGAGGGGGUCCGGGCCGGGGGGGCUUGAGCGGGGGCCGGGGACACGGCUGGAGCGGCCAGAUCCCAAGCCGUGGAGGGUCCAGGACCAGGAGCCAGGAGAGUCAGAGGGGCCGGAGUUGGAGCCGGGGACAGGGCUGGAGAAGGGGCCGGAGGAGCCGGCUGGGGUCCCGGGGUGGGAGGUGAGGCUGGAGCUACCCUGCCCGCCGAGGAGCCGGGGCUCCGCCUGGACCGUGUCGCUGCGCUCCCCUUGCUCGCCCACCCCGCUCCUGAGCCGCACCGUCCGGCCCCGGUACUCCCUGAAGCUGCCCGCCGCACCGUGCCGACACUCGGCCGCCGGUCACCGUGUACCGGGCGUGGCCGCAGCCGCCGCCGCCGAUGCUGCCGGCCUCACUCCUCCUGGCCGCCCCAUCCCCAGGCUCCACACCGCCCUCUAUCACCCCUUCCCCAGGCUCCACACCGCCCUCUAUAUCAUCUCUCCUCCAGGGUCCACACCGCCCUCUAUCACCCCUCCUCCAGGCUCCACACCGCCCUCCAUCACCCCUUCCCCAGGGUCCACACCGCCCUCUAUCACCUCAUCCCCAGAUUCCACACCGCCCUCUAUCACCCCUUCCCCAGGGUCCACACCGCCCUCCAUCACCCCUUCCCCAGGGUCCACACCGCCCUCCAUCACCCCUCCUCCAGGCUCCACACCGCCCUCCAUCACCCCAUCCCCAGGGUCCACACCGCCCUCUAUCACCCCCCCUCCAGGCCCCCUCUCCACCGGUUCCCUCCCUCUCUCCCUCGCCACCCCCACCACACCCGACUCCUUCUCGCCCACCACCACCACCACUGCCGCCGCCACCACCACCUUCACCCCACCCAACUCCGGCUCCCCCCUGCCCUCCCUCGCCACCACCAACCCACCCGGCUCCUCCCCGCCCUCCACUACUCUCCGGCCGCCUGUCCUCGCCCAGAGCUGGCUCCCGCCCGGGGACAGCAUCGCCCGGUUCAACUGCUCCGUGUUCGAGAGCGGGACACACGAGUACUGCUUCCAGUUUGUCAGCGCGGACACUCCGGGCGCCGGCAGCCCAGUGCGGUGUGUGAGACUGCACCGGCAACCAGCUAAUGUUCUACAGAGACAUGGAGUAUUAAUGCACUGGGCUGCACACUGGGGCAGGGCAAUAACCACUUUACCUUCUGCAGAGAUACGGGGCGCUUGGCUCUCCUGGAGUCCGUGCAGUGUCACCUGCGGUGAGGGCGUGCGGCAACGGGUGCGGCGAUGUCUGACAUCCUCCCCGGGGACCAAUGGGUGCGGUGCGGACAGUGAGGUGUCCCUCUGCUCACUGCUGGAGUGCUCCGGGCAGGGUGGUCCCGCGAAGGUCCAUAACACCAGCAACAUCGUGACUAUCACCGGCAUCUCCUUCUGUCUGCUGAUAAUCUUGGCAACCAUCGCUAUCACCCUGCGGACCAAGCUGUCGUGUAAACGGACCGACUCCAGCGGUGCCGAUCUGUGCGUCCCGGCCCGCCAAGCUGACAUGGUGCCCGAGCACGACCCUUCGGCCCGCCUGGACGCUGCUGUCAACAUCCCCCUGGGGUUUCGGAGGAGCCAGGUGUUUGUGCCGGGCGAGGAGGCGGCACCAGAGGAGGGCGGGUGGGUGCAGGACACACAGAAGGCGGUGCCCCCCAUUUUCGGCUACCGCCUGGCGCAGCAGCAGCUGAAGGAGAUGCAGAGGCAAGGGGUGACGGAGGGGACGCAGGUAUACCUCGUUACACAGCAGGCUGGUGGCGGGGCGCUGCCCUCCCCGGGCAAGGACGACAGCGCGGACAGCGCUGCCAACACGUUCCGCCUCAAGUGGCCGUUCCCAGCUCACACCCCCAGCCACUGCGCUCUGCCCAGCCGCGAUCAACUGGCCGUGACCCCCUUCCCGCAGCUAGACCUCCCCCUGCCCCCCGCCUCUCGCAGCCCGGGGGCAGCGGGCCACUGGGACGGGGCCGCGGGGACAGGUAGCCGGGGGGGCGGGGGGCGAACCCUCGCCGCCGGCUUCAGGAGGGCAGCGAGCUUCGGCGAGAGCGGGGCGGCCCGGUAUUACAGAGAGCGCAGCCGCUCCUCACUGUCGCAAAGGCCCCGGGCCGGGGAGCCGGGCACAGCUGGCGACAGAUGUGGAAACAAGCUACCCAUCACAGCUGGGGACAGAUGUGGAAACAAGCUCCCCGUAACAUCUAGCGACAGAUGUAGCAACAAGCCACCCAACACAUCUGGCAACAUAUGUGGUACCAACAAGCUACCCAUCACAUCUGGCGACAGAUGUACCAACAAGCUACCCAUCACAGCUGAGGACAGAUGUGGCAAUAUGCUGCCCGAAACAUCUGGCGACAGAUGUGGCAACAAGCUACCCAUCACAUCUGGCGACAGAUGUACCAACAAGCUACCCAUCACAUCUGGCGACAGAUGUACCAACAAGCUACCCAUCACAGCUGGGGACAGAUGUGGCACCAGGCUGCCCGAAACAUCUGGCGACAGAUGUGGUACCAACAAGCUACCCAUCACAUCUGGGCACAAAGGUGCCAACAGAGUGCCCGCAACAACUGGCGACAGAUGUGGAACCGACAGGCUGCCCACCACAGCUGCCAACCACAAGCAGCCCAGCACAGCUGGCGACAGAUGUGGCAGCGAGCUGUCCAGCACAGCUGGCGACAGAUGUGCAGGGAUCCACAUGUGUGAACACCACAGUGCAGCGGCGGCGGUGACUGCGGGCGGCGGGCCCGAUGGGUUGGGGGUGCGCUGGGUCUUCGGCGAGGUGGACACAUUCCCCGGCAGGAGGCAGCGAGGGGGCCCGGGAGAUGGGGCUGAGCCCGGGAGGGCCCAGGGCAGCAGCCCGCUGUCUCGCCACCUGUGCCGGCAGGGCCGCUGCCGGAGCUUCCCCAGCGAGCCCGCGGCCAUGCACUUCGACAACACGGCCUUUGAGCUGAGCGCCUCGGAGCAGCGCAUCAUUGACCUGCCCGCACUGUUUGGGCCGCACUCACCCGGGGAUGAGGACAGCAGCACUUUCAGCAGCGACAGGCUGGUCAUCUGAGGACGGGCAGCCAGGGAGCGGAGAUGCAGAAACAAGGAACUGCACAAGCUGGGGGUUAGUCCACAGGCAGGCACACAGUGCUGGAGUCACCCAGCAGGUCAGGCAGCUUAUCUGGAGAACACCAAUUGCUGGCAUUUCGUGUCUGAUGGUCCCAGCCCGCUGAGUUACUCCAGCACUUCGUGUUCUACUCUGACAUUCAACCACUCUUGACCCCAGAGCACAGGAUUAUGGUGAGAGGGGAGAGAUUUAAGAGGGACCUGACUACAGAUGCUGU